AAGAUGGGGCACUGAUUUUUGUUUUGCGAGAAGAAUAAUUUAAUAGGUUAUUCGACAAUAAAGUGAAAGCCCAGAUUGUUGUGCAUUACAGCCCGUGGUGUGGGUCGUGUGUUGGCAGUGAGUGAGGCGUACAAGCGUCUGCAGCAAGAUGCCUGGCAAAGUGGGAGUUAAGAUUAAGGCAGCAAGGAACUUGCCUGUGAUGGACAAAGCUUGCGACACCACGGAUGCGUUUGUUGAGAUCAAAUUGGGCCCAGUUACUCACAAGACAGAUGUCUUUAGAAAAAGCUUAAAUCCAACGUGGAACACGGACUGGUUUCGCUUUGAGGUCGACGAUGCCGAACUGCAGGACGAGCCGCUGCAAAUACGUUUGAUGGACUACGAUACAUAUUCGGCGAACGAUGCAAUUGGAAAGGUUAAUAUAAGUUUGAAUCCUUUGUGCCUGGAGAGCUCUAGUCAGACAGUGCAUGGCAAGGGCACCGUGCUCUCCGGCUGGAUACCGGUCUUUGAUACCAUGCAUGGCAUACGCGGCGAGAUUAAUGUGAUUGUUAAGGUGGAUCUGUUCUCGGAUGUAAACAAAUUUAGGCAAAGCUCAUGCGGCAUACCAUUUUUUCAUUCGCAGUGUGUGCCAUUUGGAUAUCGCGCUCAGGUCAUUCACGGCUUUGUCGAGGAGCUUGUUGUCAACGACGAUCCCGAAUACCAAUGGAUAGACAAGAUACGCACGCCCCGUGCUUCAAACGAGGCGCGUCAGGUCGUUUUUUUAAAGCUGUCGGGGCAAGUUCAGCGCAAGAUGGGUCUCAAAGCAAUCAAUAUGGGCGCCAAUGCGGUCAUUGGUUAUACACAAUGCUUUGAUUUGGAAGGAGAUGUGGGCGUUGUGGCACGUGGCGUUGGCACGGCGGUGACACUAAUUAAGGACACGAGCAGUCAGCCAACUAGUGCAGACGUAGCGCUUAUUGAAGAUGUGGUCAAAAAGUAUUUAGAUUUCCUCAACUGUGCCGGUGCCAGCAGCAACAGCUUGCCUCUAAUUGGACGCACGCCACAGUAUCGGCUAAGUAUCAAUAGGGAGAGUAGCAAAGCAGCAGCGGCGUUGUUCUAUUUGGAGAGUGCUAGCAGUGACAAUGAUGAUGUGGAGAUUAUGCACAAUCUCAUACGACAAGAAGAUGAACGCGGGGAACGUACGCGGGAAAAAAAGUUGCGACAUCGAAUGCGUCGUUUGACGCUGUCAUCACGAAAUGUAUUUAGCGAAAAAUACGCUACGCUUAUUCGGCGUAUCGAGCCACGAAUACCGGAACAUGGCACCCACUCAUUAAGCAGUAUUUUCGGAGGCACCUACGAUUUGCGACCACGACGAUCGACAAGGAAAUCGCGCUUUUCAUUAAGCAAAACUACGCCUGCUAUUGUGCGCUCCGUAAGUAAUGACACUGGCGUGAGGGCGUCACAUGGAACCACCAUGAAUCUAUUGGCAGCACCCAGCAUGGCAGACUUUCAAGAGAACACACGCUCGGUGCCGAAUAUAAAUGCAGAGCAGCGUCAUUUGAUACCAGCGGUGGGCUUUGGACGUAAGUCUUCCAGCUCUUCCUACUCCAUAGAGACGCAAUCGACUUUAUCAUUAAAUGAAACGCUUGACAUAGGCCUAGGAACAGAAGUGACGGUCAGUGAUAGCGAAUCCGAGCUGCAUCUUCAAUUAGAUGCAGAUGAAGACAAUUUACAGGACAAUUGGAUAAAGCCGGGUGAAACGCGCAGCUGCGAGCAGAGUCAACAGGAUUUGACUCCCAAGCGUAACACCUUAAUGCAGGAUUUGAAGACAUUCUCGCGGCGCUUACAGCAGCUUAUACAUUUAGCACCCAAGAAGCAGCCGCGCCAGCAGUCUCUGCGUUGCCUGCUUGCCCUGGCGCCGGCACAGAGCAAAUCGUAUUACUCCUCCCACCCUGAGCUGCCGGUGUGCAGUCAAUGGCAAUUAAAUGAUACGCCUAGCUAUGAUUGUAGCAUACGCCGCAGUAUUUCGUUUAGCAAUUUCACUAGCGCUAGUUAUGCAGGACUGGCUGUAGUUCCCUCUGAUCAAUCGACAGCACCUUCACUAGCUAGCAUCACACCUCCAAAUACGUUGCUGCUGAAUGCGCCAAUCCUGCGCAUUUGUCCCUCAACGCCCACACCAACUGAAUCCGAUAAAUCACAGUUUUCGCCACUAGCAAUUCUAGACGCGCAGGGUGUCAUUGAUGUUAGUACAGUAACCACCCCUGAAAUAACCCAACAUGAUCCUCAACAUGUUGUAAAUAUCUCUAAUAGUACUAACCAUAGUAACAACAAUAAUGAAUCAUCAUUGCUUGCUCCAUGCUAUUCUGUUUCGCCAUUUGCCAUACAACAACAAAAACGUCAAAAUAGAUCCAAUACCGAGCUACAAGCGCAUGAGCUACCAGUAACAGUGGCGGCCCUAAACGCGAACGUUGCAGCAGCAACAACAACCACGGCAACAGACAGCAGUCCCAGCUUGAAGCGUUUCGCUUCACCAGCAGGCAGCAGUCGAUUGAAGCUAACGCCCAGCCCAUCCAAGAGCGGAAUAUCGGCUACAAAUGCGGACAGCGCGUCAACAUCGACCACAUCGACGGCUACCACAAUGAUUCCCAAAGAACUUGGCGAGAUAUGUCGUCGCUCGUCGGACUCUGAUUUGAGUGUGACCCCAAAAGGCAACUCGAUUUGUGUGGCCAGCGAACGUCUAGUGGCUGCCACAGCCAUGAUGCGUCUGACUCAACCAGCAGUGGGCAAUAAGGCCACAGAUAGUUUGGACAUGUUGGAGUAUCCAUUUCUGACAAUGACGAAGUACCCCACAGGCUUUAUACUCCAUCUAGGUGCUACUGUAGCAGCACGUUCUGUCAAAUUGCUAGAACGUGUUCCAAAUCCUGAUGAACCCGAAGUUCGCGACUCAUGGUGGACUGAGCUUCGUAUGGAAAUACGCUCCCAUGCUCGUUCCUUAGGCUGCAAUGUAGUUUUAGGAUAUGCAGAGACAACAACUAUAUCCGAUGAUGUGUGUGUUUUGUCGGCCACAGGGACAGCUGCAGUUAUAAAUAUGGUAUUUAAUCGAUCAGUAUCACAAACAGAUAUAUUCACCAUAUCGAAGGCAUCCAAUAAUGUGGCCGUCAUGUCCAAUUCGCUAGAAGAGCGCGAGGCUAGCGUAAGUACAAGCUGUGCCGGUGCUUCUGGAGAUGCCGGGAGUAAAGAUAAUGGCUCUAUCGGCACGGGCAAUAAUUCAAGUGGUAAGCGGUAUGGCCUGCCUCUAAAUGCCCCACGGCACGCAUGCGCUAUUUGCCAUAUACCCUACAAUUUAAGCUCCGUGCCCUUCAAUGUGAAGAUGAAAAAAUGCGCAGUUUGUCGCAAAGGACGUGUACCAGAUGUUUUGUUGGCCACGCUUGAAGUGCCAGAAUACCUGCAAGUUACCGGACGCGGUUGUUUUAUGCAGGCGCAGGUGGUGCGAGCCAAGCGUGAUCUUCGUGCCGAACUCAAUGCCAAAGAGAUAUCCGAUGGCUUACCAUUUUUGGAAUACGAACUUCAUCGUGUACUCAUCAACAAACUGAAAGCAAAGGGAAUGAAUGCAAUAUUUGGUCUGCGCACGCAGGUGGCUAUUGGCGAGCGCAUGAUAGCUUUGAUAGCUACGGGCACUGCGCUGUUUUUAAGCGCCCUACCCGUACCUCAAGUUCCAAAAAUUGUCGCAGGUAAUUCCUGGACUGACAAGCAAAAGCUCAACGAGCUGCAAAAGAAGCUGCAAGAGACAUUUGAACGGAAUCAGGAAAUCUAUCAGCUCAAGAGCAUGGAUCCAGACGCGACCACAGGUGGCAGUAUCGUGGUGGACAAGCAAUCAGAUACCGAUGAUUCAGAUGAUGAAGAGAUGAAUGAAAUCGAUUUAAAUUGCGGCAAUAAAGAACUGUGCGUGCUGGAAGUUGAUGACAUAGAAGAUUUGGAAAUCAUAUCGUUGCUGAUGGAACCAUAUCCGCCCGAGGGCUUCCAUGUGGUCAACACUCAACAGGUGCCGGGAAUGGUAGAUAUGGAAGCAGUCAAGAAUUUGCAAAUGUUUACGCAGGUUUGGCGUGCGCGUCUUGAGGUGGGCCAAAGCAUCAAUGGUUUUCCGAAACAUUUUCAACGCUUACUACAAACAAUUUACUUCAAGCUGCGCACCAUGAUACCAUGUGCCAUAUGCGAUCUACGCUUCCGACUCGAUUUGCCCGAAACCGAUCAAAUACAAUUGCUGGUCACAGGCAUGGCCAUGGGUCUAACUGAUGCCAAUAAAAUGAAAUAUCGACGCAAGCCGGCACAGCAAAACGGCGUCAAUGAGACAGCACAAGCGAUGCAUACAACGCAGUCACAGACCGAGCUAAAUGGCAAACGAAUGUUGCAGGAGGAGGAUUACAUUUUCCCACUGGACGAGGAUCAAAUGGUAGAUACACCCACGCCUACAAGCACCGCUAUACCGCCUUUUGGCUUGAGCUCCUUUAAGAUACGUAAAAGUUCGCCAUCUCGCCUGAGCAAUUUGGCAGCACCCUCCGUCAAACCGCUUAAUGUUAACGCCGCACCUCGCAAUCGCUAUUUUCCACUACGCGAUCGCUAUGGAGUGGACUUGACGCCGCUCAACUUUAUACCCGGCGCUCGCAUUGAAAAGUAUUUGGGCAAUUUGAACUUCUUCUUCAUUAGGGAGAGCACCUCCAUACGAGAAAUUGGCGGCAUUAGCGGUUUUGUGCAUGGUUUUAUCACCGAACUUUUAGCAGUGGUUCGCGCGCAUAUUGCUUCAUUGGGUGGUAACGCUAUGGUGUCUUUCUAUAUGACGGAGUUAAUAUUGUUUGAUAACCAGCAUAAAAAUCAAGGUCAGUGCCUGAUUAGCAUCGGCGGCGAUGCGGUCUAUGUGUCUUACUACGCUGACGACUGAUAUAAACGUUUGCGGGGCAUCUAGCGUUUAUUCUAUGCGAAUCGUCCCAAAAGCCUCUGCUACUGAAGAAGGCGUAUUAAAUGAGCUCUCUGCUCCAACUUGAAAUCAAUUAGACUUCCCAACUACUGGCUGGCUCCAAGGAUAUGGGGACUCAGCAAUUAAUUGCCAAUGCUCUCUAAUUGCAUGACUAACGUGUACUUAAUGCGCUUGUUACGUACUUAAUGUUUUUAGUUGCGCGUGUGCUUAUAUACUUACAUACCUAAACACACAGCCAUACACCCCUAAUUAUGUACGUGUAAACUAAAUGCAAUACUUAUACUGUGACUU